CUGUGCUGUGGUAACUCCGCGUUGAGCUCACCCCCAAAGUUUGCCUUGCUUAUUGUGUAAAUAUUACGAUAAAAUUUGACAUAAAAGUUGACAAGAAAAACCAAAUAAUGCACAGUGACAUUUGUUUUUGUGUAAAUGUAAUAAUAGCAUGAAUGAGCGUGCAGUUAUUUUCUCUAACAGCGAAUUUAAAAAUUUGCAUUUUUAACCUCAGUUAUUGUGUUUUGCGUUAAAUUCAAUAAAAUGUCAAAAGUUAGAGAAAUAGCUUGGCCUGAGGAGUUCAGUGGUUUAAAGACCAUUGAAGAAUAUAUGAUCUGUGGAAUAUGUUAUGAUUACAUGGAUACAUCGGUGAUAACGCCAUGCUCACACAAUUACUGCUCAUUAUGUAUCAGAAAAUAUUUGCACUACAAGCCUCAAUGCCCAGCCUGUUUCAAUGAAUUUUAUGAAAAAGACUUGUACAUAAAUCGUUCAAUGGAUGGACUAAUUAGGGACUAUAUACAAAUCAGAGAAAAAAUAAUAACGCUUAUUGAAAAUAGAAAUGUUUAUAAUGCUGCUGUUCAACAAAAAGAAGCAGGAGUCUUGUCACCAGUGCAACCUUCUUAUCAUUCAAAAACAAUGACUCAAGUGACCAAUACUCAAAGCGUUCAAUCUCCCAAAACACCAAAAUCAUCCAAAAAAAUAAGUGUGAUAAGUAAUUUUGGAUUGAGCUCUCCUAAAACAGUGGUUUCUAAGUCUGAAGAUCCUAAGACUCCAUCUUCACCAUUUUUACAGACUUCCAGUGUUUGUUCACAAAAAGAUGCCAUGUUGAGUCCAAGUACAAAUAGAUCCCUAAGUAAUCUUCCAAGUCUCGCCAAGAUGUUUACUCCAAAACGAAAAGAAACAGUAUCGACUGCUUCUGUGCCUGUUACCAGUGUAAAGUCUGUUUCCUGUCCUGUUUGUAGUGUAGAUAUUUCCGAGCAACAUGUUAAUGUUCAUUUAGAUGCUUGUUUAAAAAGAGAAACAGCUGAAAAACAAAUUAAAGAAAAGCCUAAAGUUAAAAAUAACCGGCCACCAUUACCUAAACUUGUAUUAAGAGUAAUGAAAGAAGCAGAAUUGCGUAAAAAAAUGAGAGAAUUGGGAUUAUCAACUCAAGGUGAUAGGCGAACAUUAGAAAAUCGCUUUACAAGGUAUUCUACAAUUUACAAUUCUGAAUGCGAUAAACUAGAACCCAGAUCAAUACCAGAACUUCUAAGGCAAUGUGAAAUGGAAGAGAAACAGGAACGAAAAAUGGACAUGUUCUUAGUACCCACCGUUACAGCCAACCGCCUUGUAAUUGAAAGAAAUGCAGAUGAAAAAAAAAUAGAGGAAGCACAAAAAAGUUAUAGAGAAACAAACAAAUCAAGCUUUGAUAAGCUUAUAGAAGAUAUGAAAAAAAGGCAACAAAAAAGCAAAGAGGAAAAGAGUAAAAACUCAAGUACAGAUUAUGAAUCAUCCACAUCUAAAAAUAAAAUGCAGGACAAAAAAGAAAAUGUUUCUGAUAAAGAUGAAGAUAUGUGUCUUGUUACAGACAUAAAUGAAUCAUUUGAAAAUUCUGAUUCAGAGCAAGACUGUCCUUUACAACAUUAUACAAGGGAAGAUUCAAAAAAAUUUCUUACAAAUGCUAAUUUAGAUGAUUCCAGUAACAGCAACAUUUUAGAAAGCCCUGUGAAAAAACCACAAAUCACAUCUAAUUUGCCAAGUCCUAAACCAUCAACAUCAAAAGAUUUUAAUCCAUAUGAUGUAUCUACAGAUGAAUCAGAUGGAGAAAGUAAUUUAACAAAACCUUUAAAGAGAAGAGGUGCUGCAAAAAGGUUUAAAACAGAUGACGUGGAUGAAAUGAGCCUAGAUGAUCGAGUAAAAUCAGCUAGGGAAUUGUGCAAUUCAAUUAUUGAUGAUUUUGAUGACAGUUCAAAUGAAUUUGCUGAAAAGCUUAAAAAAGCGGCUGACAGAGAUUUAAAAGAAAAUUCAAUUACUAAUUUGGAAGAAAUAAAUAAACUGAAUAAAUCAAAAUUAAGGAAUUCAUUUGGUAUUAAAGCAAAUCUGGCUAUAGAAGAAGAUAAUCAAGAAGAUAGUGAUUUUUCAUUCAAUAGUUCAUCUGAAUUUAUAAAUAGUUCUAUAGUAGAAUCCAAAAUAAAUCAAGUUAAAAUAAAUAAUAAAAGUAAAGUUGAAGAUAGUAACAAGAGUAAAGUUAUCGAAAACGUUACCAGUAAGACGAAUGAAUUUGAAAAACCAAGUAUGAUUGGCAUUAAUGUAAAUAAGUUUAGAGCAAGUAAAAAUAAUGAAAUUGUUGAUAACGACGCUCAAAAAAUUUUUGUUGAAGAAAAGAGUAAGGUAGAUGAAAGUGACAAAAUUUUUCCUGAACUAGUCUUAUCAAAUCUCGGAAAAGAAAACGCAACUCUACCGGCAAAUAACGAUGAAGUUUCCACGGGCGACGAAAAUUCAGCACGGCGACCCGUUCGUCAAAGAACUCGCCCAAUGAGAUAUACAGACAACGAAGUCUCGAAUCGUGACAAUGCUCCUGCUGAAAAAUCAUUGAAGCGUCGCAGAGGUAGACCACCAUCCACUAAUAAUAAUACGAUUGAUAAUUCAUCAGAUGAUGCACUGAAUCCAGCGAAAAGGCCAGUUCGAAGGGGUCAGACUCCUUUGAAAGAAAAUGUAUGUUAAUGGUGUCGAAAUUGUAAAUGUACGUGAAGUUUAUGUUUUUGUUUCGAUCGUGUGAUUAGCCGUAAUUUUAAAUAUAUUUUUAUACAAUAAACAAUUUUUUUUGUA